GGCCGACGCCGAGCUCCCAGUCCUUCUUUCCCUCCCACCGGCCACGGUGGCACAGCCCGGCAGAGGAUUCCCAUCCGCAACCGGUGGGAAGAUGCCCGGCAGUGGCCGGGGCGCAGCGGGAGCCACAAGCCGAGAACGACGCCGGCCAGGCUGGCAGCCGCUCUGCCUGGACAUGAGGUGGGUGUCUCCUGUGCCCAGGGGUCCGGGGAGCCGGGAGGCUGGUCCGGAUAGUGCCAUCCUCCAUCGUCGCACUGAGGACCGCUGGUCCCGCUGCUCUGCAGUGGCAGAGAAUGCUCGGCGGAGGCAGAGCGCCAAUACUCCCACCCCAUCCCCACCCCUAUCCCCGCAGGUCGCUGCGCUCCGGGUUGCGUUUCCAGGACCAUGAGCUCCCAUCACGUCUCCCCACGGGCACCGGCUGGAUUCAGCCUGUCCCGAGGAGCCCGGCUCUGGGGUCUGCAUCUCUCUCACAGGCUGUCCUUCCUCCGCACCUAGGGGCCAUCCAUUUCUGCUCGGAGCGUCUUAGAGAGCCGGCAGCUACCGCCACGGCCUGGAACAACUGUGGAACAGUGCCUUAGGCGGUCACCCGGAGCUUGCCGGCCGCCGGGGCUGCUUCCCACCGGAGACGAAUGCCUCCUUCCCCGGCAUUGCAAUGCAAUUAUGGCCCUUAAUGGGCUUAGCCAUCUGGAGCCAGCCCGCAAGCACCCCGGCACAGCUCGGGAGCUGGGACAGGCUUUGCUGGGCAAGGGGGGCCCCCCUCCAGACCCCGGCCCCUGGGGCUGCGGAGAGGGGCCGGAGCCCCAAGCUGCUUUCCGUGUCCGAAAUAACUCCCCGCUUUGUCUCCCCACGGCAGGACCGAGCGCCCAGCACGGGGCUGAGCGCCCGCCCCGGCGCCGCCAUGGUGCUCCCCUGCGCCCGCAACAGCGGCGGCGCCGGCGGCUGGCUGCCCCCCGAGGAGCCCCGCGGCCGCAGCAACUCCAUCCCCCCGGCACAGACCCCCACGGCCAAGCACAUGCUGGCCUACCUGCCCCGGCCGCCCACCGACACCAGCCGCUACGGCACCUUCCCCCAGAAGCCCGACCUCCCGGCCGCCCCCGGGGCUCUGGUGGAGGACGGCGGGAAGCCGGCCGCCGCCACCAGUGCCAAGAGAGGCACUCCGAUGCCAAACUACCCAUCUGCACCCCGGCACAGCGGCUUUGUCCCCGGUGAGCCAUCCCUGCCGCCGAGCCGCGGGAGCCUGACCGCCCAGCACCACCGUGGCCGGCCGUCCUGGUGCCCACCGCCUGCCCCGCAAGAGGCAGGUGCCCGCUUGUACCCACUGCACGCACUGAGCGUGGCCAACAUCCCCAACUCGUCACGCGGCAAGACCUCCGCCCGCAGCUCCACCAUUCCCACCCCAGAGGGGCUGCAGAGCCGGCGCUGCAAGCUGCUGGAGGAGGACAGCCCCAUGGUCCAGGCCGGCAAGCGGCAGCGGCAGCGCUAUGUGACAAAAGUGGGCAAGUGCCAGGUGAAUCUGGGCAACAUCCAGGACAAGAAGAGGUUUCUCUCAGAUAUCUUCACCACCAUUGUAGACCUCAAGUACCGCUGGUUCCUCUUUGUCUUCAUGAUGUGCUACAUCAUCACCUGGGUGGUCUUUGGCUUCAUCUACUUCUUGGACGCCUGGCUGCGGGGUGACAUUGGACACCAGGGUGAUCCCGAGUGGGAGGCGUGCAUCGAGAACGUGGAUGGCUUUGUCUCUGCCUUGCUCCUCUCCGUGGAAAGCCAGCGGACCAUUGGCUAUGGCACUCGGAUGGUGACAGCCAACUGUGCCGAGGGCGUCAUCCUGUUGAUAGCACAGUCCAUCGUCGGUUCCAUGAUCGACGCUAUGAUGGUUGGCUGCAUGUUCGUUAAGAUCUCCCGGCCCAAGAAGCGUGCCCAGACCCUCAUCUUCAGCAAGAACUGCGUCAUCUCCCGCCGGGACGAGAAGCUCUGCCUGAUGUUUCGUGUGGGGGACCUGCGGGAAAGCCACAUGGUGGAUGCCAAGAUCCGGGCAAAGCUGAUCAAGUCCCGUCAGACGGCCGAGGGGGAGUUCAUCCCCCUGGAGCAGUCAGAACUGAACCUGGGCUAUGACACAGGGGAGGACCGUCUGUUCCUGGUGGAGCCCCAGAUCAUCUGCCACGUCAUCAACCAUCACAGCCCUUUCUGGGACAUGUCAGCCGAGUCACUGCGCCGGGAGCAGUUUGAAAUCAUCAUCAUCCUCGAGGGCAUCGUGGAAGCCACAGGAAUGACGUGCCAAGCCCGCACCUCCUACACAGAGGACGAGAUCCUCUGGGGAUACCGCUUCGAGCCCUGCAUGUCCCUGGAGAAAGGCGCCUUCCAGGUGGACUACAGCCGCUUUGAGAUGACCUUUGAGGUGCAGACACCAGCAGCCAGCGCCAAGGAGCUGCACGAGCUGAAGGAGCUGGAGCAGCAGGAACACUCCACACUCAGCCUCUACUGGGACCACCUCCUGCAGCCCUGCGCGCUGCCGGGACCCAGCGAGGACGUGCUGGUGGGGAUGAGCGUCCCCAGCAGCGUGGCUGAGGGCAUCAGGGAUGAGCCACCAGAGCGAGAAUUCCCUGCCUGAGCUGCUCCGGGGACCAUGGGCCGCCUGGCCGUGCCCCGGCCCGGCUGGUGCCCGCGGGUGCCCCACGCCAACAGUGCCAUAGCCCUUUGUGGGCUGAGCCCUUUGUGGGCUGAGCCCUUGUGCCCUCGCCCCACGUGUUCCCCCGGCUGCAGCCAAAGGGCAUUAUUUUUGUUAAGCUGUUCUUUUGUAACAAGGAAUACAAGGCGUAACUAGUG